AAUCGUAAAUAUGUGGUUUCUUUUCUGCAAUUUUGCUUUGGUGUCUUGAUAUUUUGGGUACGGUGCUCCCACAGCAUGGAGCCCAUGACAAUUGGUGCCGCCAUAGGGGCUGCCUCCGUCGGCAUCUCAUAUUUCAAGGGCCAGACCUAUUGUAGGUUGUAUGAAUGCUGCGACGUCCGAAGCAUUCCGGCCAAUGUACAAGCGCUGGAGAAGUCGCUGCAAAAAAAAGUGUACGGCCAGCAUAUUGCGGUCCCGCACAUUAUAUCAGCACUGUCUGCACACUUCAGCUCCCAGGUCAAGUCGCGAAAGCCACUGGUGCUUAGCUUUCAUGGCGGGCCGGGCACUGGUAAGAGCUUUGUGGCCGAUCAGAUAGCCCAAGCUCUUUACUUGCAGGGAUCGAAAAGCGCAUAUGUGGCAAAGUUCCUGGGACGAGCGAACUUCGCACAAGCAGCGCAUGUGGCCACCUACAAGGAACACAUUGACCGAGAAGUACACAAACGUUUGACCAACUGUCCCCGCUCCCUGUUCAUAUUCGACGAAGUCGAAAAAAUGCCUAGUGGCGUGUUCGACACGCUCAAAGCGCUUUUGGACUACAAUGGCCUCGACGAUGAAAUCGACAACACACAAGCCAUAUUCAUAUUUCUGUCAAACAACGGUGGCACCCAUAUUUCCGAACAUUUGGGCAACAGCAUGAAGGGGGGAAAACUGCGCGAAGACACACGUCUGAGCGACUAUGAGCCGCUGCUACAGAAAGUUGCCUACAGCAUGGACGGAGGCCUGAAGAAAACCAGCCUGAUUGAGUCAUAUGUAAUCGAUCAUUACAUACCAUUCCUGCCGCUCGAGAAGGCGCACGUUUUAAAGUGCCUGGAGGCGGAGUUCCAGCGGUGGAAAAAGACGCCCGAUAGGAAUAUCAUCAACGAUAUCCUAUCCUCAAUGACCUAUGAUCGCAUUCAUGCCCUGUUUGUCAGCUCCGGCUGUAAGACGCUCGACAAGAAGGUGGCCAUGGCCAUUAACUAGCUGUAGCGCGAAGCGUACAUUCACGUCCAUUUGAUAUUUUUAUUUUUGCUAAAGUAAUAAAGACGCCACAGACAGGCGUAUUCUCUUUCACCAAGGA